CCGGCCGGGGCCCCUGCAGGAGUGGCUGGAGGUGUGGCGCGGCUUAGUUCCAGCGGAAUCUCAACACCAUGCCCCACAAAUUUUUCUAUCACCGCUGACACCCGCUACGCUAUUUGGACGUCCCUCGGUGAAUUGAGCCUCGAUAUACCCUAGACUUGGCUCUCAGCCUUCGUCAACGCAGACAUGGCCCACUCCAACCUCUCGUCGCCCCUCAGCUCUCCCUCCGCCUCGAUAGUCGCCACACUCUUCUACAAGUCCGCAACCCCGCAGCACGCCCACGCCCAUGCCGACUCCGCGCCUCACAGCCCACGGGACGCCCUCCCACCCACAACCCUCCACCACCUAACAGACGGUGCCAUCCCGACCGAGAACCUCUCCUCCUACCCCCUCGAGCCCCCGACCCCCGGCCCGAGCCCACUCGACCACCUCUACGGCUCCUACAUCUCGCAGUCCUGCCUCACGGACUUCCUCGCAACCCUCGGAAAGCUGAUGCCUGGCUUCGAAGAAAACUCUGUGCAGACGCGGAGCCUCGAUGCGCCCGCGCCGGGCUCGAAGGGCUGCCGGGUGAUGGAAAUAACCAUCGCGCUGCCUCCGUCCUCGUUCAUAACGCUGGAUGCCCUGCGCAACGACGAGGUGGUGUCGCGGUUUGAGCGCGAAUGGAACGUCGAGGCGGUGUUCCAGUAUAACAGCGUGUACCGGCGGCACAAGCGCUUAGCGGUCUUCGACAUGGACUCGACGCUCAUUGCGCAGGAGGUCAUUGACGAGAUAGCGCGCGAGCUGGGCGUUGAGGACCAGGUGUCUGCGAUCACAGCUGCGGCUAUGAAUGGCGAGCUGGACUUUGAGGCGUCGCUGCGGAAGCGUUGCGCCUUGCUCAAGGGUGUCCCGAGCACGGUUUGGGAAACGUUGAAGCCACGGAUAACGCUUAAUUGUCGGAGUGGGGAGCUGGUGCGCGCGUUGAAGCGGCUGGGAUAUAAAACGGUGGUGCUGAGUGGUGGAUUUACGCCAAUGACGGGUUGGUUGGCGGGAUCGUUGGGGCUGGAUUAUUUCUAUGCGAACAAUCUUGUUGUAAGUGACGACGGGCAGACCCUGACGGGCGAAUUGACCGGAGAUAUUGUGCAUGCGGAGAGGAAAAGACAGCACGUGCUGGAUAUCGCGAAGAAAGAAGGCGUGAUAUUGGACCAGGUUUUGGUCGUUGGUGACGGCGCAAAUGAUCUGCCUAUGAUGAGCGUAGCAGGAUUAGGAGUUGCUUUCAACGCGAAGGCGAGGGUGCAAAUGGAAGCGCCAGCAAGACUCAACUCGCAAAGUCUGCUAGAUAUAUUGUAUCUGCUAGGUAUUUCGAAAGAAGAGCAGGACGUUCUACUCAGGUAACAUUGGCGAUGAGCAGUGCAUGCGUUGUUCAACCAUACAAGAGUCUAACCUUGGCUCAACGCCUUGAGAGCGAUGUCGUUAUUAGAUGGCUGGUAUUCACUUACACUCUCAGAUGACAUGUGGUAAGCUUGGUUUUUGUUAUGUUUAGCAGAGGCCCAAUAUACCGACAUUUCAAGAUUUCGAACCUUCUAUUUCGCAUAGCUAUUCCAUGUUGAAGGUGUUUUUAUGUGCUCCAUUAGCGC